AUGGCAAUGGCAACCUCACCUCACUCCCUCCUCCUCCAAAACCCAACUCCCACUUUCCUUAAAAACCCCAAACUACCCUUCAUCGCCGUCCCCAUGACCUCCACCCGAAUCUCCCCCACCACCACCGCAAAACCCAUCUGGAUCAAAUGCGCUGCCACCACGACCCCAAUCCAAGAUCUCUGCCUGAACCCGCCCGAGUCCCAAGAUCGGGUCUUCAACUUGGCCGCCGGCCCCGCCAACCUCCAGGAGAACGUCCUCAAGAAGGCCCAAUCGGAGCUUUACAACUGGCGCGGAUCUGGCAUGAGCGUCAUGGAAAUGAGCCACUGCGGCAAGGAAUUCUCCUCCAUAAUCCAGAAGGCCGAGUCCGACCUCCGAACCCUCUUGAAUAUUCCCCAAGAAUAUUUCGUCCUCUUCCUCCAAGGCGGCGCCACCACCCAGUUCACUGCUAUCCCACUCAAUCUGUACAAGCUCGAUGAUAAAGUGGAUUAUUUGGUCACCGAGUCCUGGGGCGACAAGGCCUUCAAGGAAGCCCAGAAGUACAGCAAGGCCAAGAUCUGGCAUGCUUUCUUUGGAACCCCGAGAGCUCAAAAUGACCUCACUGUUCUCGGAGGCUCCCAUUUGUUUGAUGCUGUCAUAGCAGGUCAGUCACCACAUCUUAAAUACUAUGUUAAUGAGACUCCUUAUGAGUUUGGGUACUAUCUUGCUGAUGGUAUUUACCCUAAGUGGGCGACGCUGGUGCAAUUUAUCAGACAACCUGAGAAUGAGCAGGAGGAGUAUUUUUUCACAAAACAGGAGGCAUACCGAAAAUAUGUUGAAAAUGCAUUUGGAAUUCUACAAGCACGAUUUGCAAUAGUUAGGCAACCUGCAAGAGGUUGGGAUAAAGAUUCAUUAUCGACAAUCAUGUUGCCUUGCAUAAUACUUCAUAACAUGAUUGUGGAGGAUGAGCGAGAUGACUACUAUAAUGAUUAG